AUGGCGUCAACUCCUUCACAGCCGGGCAACAGCCCUGGCGCUCCGGAGCAAGGCACCCCGAGCUCUGGCGGUUCGAAAGGAAUCAUCUCGAGCGUAUCGCGGGCUGCUUCGAGCGUGGCCUUGCGUGGCAGAAGCGCCACGCUGAACGCCUUGCACAUUGGGAGAGGGCAAAACCGCACCGAGUCUUCUGCGUCUCCCUUGCCUCCCGGCAACGUCAAAGGCGAGACGGCUUCCGGCCACCAUCCCUUCGGGAGUCUCUCGGGAAUUUCCUCGACCGCGACCUCGGCGCUCAGGGGUCUCGCCUCCGGGGUACAUCUAGGCGCAGGGGGGAAUGGCGCCGGCGGCGUGGGCGGCAGCGGGAGCACUACCAACUCUGAGGUUGGCCUUGGGUCUGGGAGGCUGUCGCAUGAGCUGCCGAGCAUUCGGAAAGGAUACCUGCUCAUGCUCACAAAGCCUGGUCAAACCUGGAGCGGUACCGCAGGAGGAGGAGGAGGUGUAGGCGUAGAGGCUGGCAGUGGGGAGUGGUCAGAGCGGUUCUUUUACCUGUUGGGACAUUUCCUCAGAUACAAGAAGCAAUCUCGCAACCUUACAUCGGUCAACCUCAAGCAGACUGACCACGUCGAGUUCAACCUCCAGUCCGCCAUCGUGGAAACCUUGGAGGACGCCCAGGAGCGAGAAGGGGUAGAGGGGGCGUCUGUCAGCUCUCAUCCCCGACGGAAGCACGCCUUCCGGCUCGUGCCGACACCCGCAUCGGAGGAAAAGCCCUCUCCAGCUUCGCCCACUGCUCUGUCCACGACGUCCUUCGGCGAAGCUAGGACCUCGAGGUCCAGCACGACUCCGUGCGAGGCUGCCUUGGCGAAGGAUGCGGCGGAGGCGGAGGAGCGAAACUCUCGUGGUUCUUGGUCGCAGGCUAGCGCCUGCAACGGUGGCGGCAAGCCGCCGCAGCAGGUGUGGGUCCUGGCCGCGACAAGCGAAAAGGAGCGAGCCAUGUGGAUGCAGGCCAUUCGGGAGGCUAUAUCUUUGGGUCGGGAGUUGCUCUCCUGUGGGGAGGCGGGGUGUGAACCGGGACCUCUGUUCGCCUUGGCGAGAAGGAUGAGCGAAGAGCUGGAAGUACGCGAUCGACAUCACCGGCUUCGCUUUUAUCGCUCCUGCUUCUUAGGCGAAGAUGCGGUCUCUUGGUUGCAAUCGGAGUGCGGCCCCUGUUCCGUCGAGGAGGCGUUAUGGCGAGGAAACAAGAUGGUCGCAGCGGGGCUGAUCUACCACUGCACCUACGGGCAUAGCCUUGAGAACAGCCGUCUUUUUUACAAGUUUGCCAAUUCCGUAGUUUCGGCGUCAGGCGGCUCCAGGGUAUCACUCUCCCGUCAAACAUCGGGAGAGAGAAUCGGCGCCAAAGGCAGCCGCUUCGGCGCCAAGGGCGUCGGCUCCGGGGGGGGGCUCACAGAUGGCAAUCGCCCCUACCGGAGCACGAACGAUCUUACCGGCAUCGUGAGCAGAAGCAGCGGCGAGCACAACUAUGACCACCACCGGUAUUUCGGGGGGGCAGGAGAGCGGGGCAGCAACGGGGAAGGCGGAGGGAGUUCCGACGCGUCGUCGGAAGAUAGCGGCAGCGUCGUUUCGGUCGACAACAGCGGGUCGGCCGUCUGCCGCGGCGAAGCAGGCCCCUCAUCCGCGAUGGAAGGCGAAGGGAGAGGCGUAGGGUCGGGCGUGGUGUCGUUGUCGAAGAGCGUCGUGGCGGCGACCGCUGCCGCUGCGUCUUCGGACGGACGGAGCGGUUUCCGAGAAAGUUCUGGCGGUCACGCCGGCGAGAAGAAGGCCACAACGAGGAGGAUUGCCAGGGAGUUGGAGGAACUGAAGCUCGCCUGCGCCGAGAUGGAGCGGUCGCAAAUGCGGACGGAGCGACAGAUGCAGGCCUUCGCAACCGGAUUGCUGGCUUGCGUGGAGACCUCGAUGGACGGAGCCCUCGCCUCAACGGCGGCCGCCCUAGCCCUUGCGGCCUUCGGACUGGCACUGCAGGCGGUGCACCUGGAUGGGUCAGGGAGGCCCGCAGCCGUGGCGGCGGCAGGAGCAGCGGCCGCAGGGGAGGAGGACGGGGACCUCGCCGGGGGAACACCGUUCGCGUUGCGAAUCUUGCAGGCGAUGCUGAUCGCCCUCGUGGCGAUAGCUCUCCGGUCCUACGCCAACGGCCGCGAGGCAGUAGGUCGGGCGAUCGAGGCUACCAAGGGGUUAUGCUGCGGCGGGAUGAUGCCGUCGUCGGGAUUCGACCAGGGGUGGGGAGGAGGAAGUGGUGGGGCGAUGGGGAAGGCGGCUGCAGCGGACGGUUUUGCGGUGCCAUUGUUGCAUCCGGGGCAGGCAAAGGAGCUCUUCCGGACGACCUUCGGCAACGGCACCCGCAGCCGAAGCGGCACAGAGUCAACGCCCCCCGCCGGAUCGCUCAACAUCCUCAGUCGCGUGGCCUCCAACAAAGCCCCAGCCCUGCCCCCGCAGCUGGCGGACCCCCCGCAGCUGGCAGAGCGCAGCCGCGGCGGUCCGAUGUCGUCGGACUCUUGCCCGCCCCCGUUGCCGGAAUUAUCGUCCGAUGUGAUGAGUCGCGACAGCAGUAGUGUCGCCGUCGCCGGUGCCGAUUCCGCGGCGCGUGUGUCGGCGUCUGUGGCUGUCAGGGAGGGGGCGGCAGGCAUUGAGGCUAGGGGUACGGAUAAGGACAAGGGAGGUGGAGUGGUUGACGGGGGUGGUGGUGUUGCGGCGGCAGGCGGCGUGGGAGGAGAGAGACCCGAGCUGGCAAGCUUGCCUCCGGAGAAGGAGUGGCCGCACCACCCCAUCUUCGUCAGACUCAGCCCUUCCGUCGGAGAUCAGGUGAGGUUAGACGGCCACGAGCCCAACUCGUCUAUCCCGGUGAACAGCGACGACAUUGCCGUUCCGUUCGAGACCCCGCUUUUCAAAGGCCGUUUACUGGUGCGAGUGGCGGGGCUGCCUGGAGACGGAGCGCAGGACUACUUCCGGGGAAAGAAACGGCUCAUGCAGUGCGCUGUGCAGGGCGAGUUUAAGAAGGAGUUGCCGUUCGACCGAGUCUACACCGGACAGGCGUACGACCGGCCUUUCACGCAGCUGCCCGCGAAGUGGCUCAUCCGCUCGGCGUUCUCCUUGAUACGGAGGCUUUCUCCCGCCCUUCGGGAGGACAUCACCGGCGAGCGGCCGUAUAUGGUCAGCCCAUUGGCGGCGACGGCCCAGUCCAUGCGUGCCGAAGCGCCCGGAGACGAGGUCGCCAUCGUGGGCGACCUUGGCGAGGAGACCGGUCUGCUGGGAGAGUCGUUCAUGGACAGCCGCGUCCCGUCCUCCGCUCGGAAAAAGUUUUUCAACAACCCGAGAAACCUCAAGGCCUACUCCUUCAAGCCUGGGGUGGUCUACACUUUCGACUUCUACCAGCACUUGUACAACGCGGUAACCUUCGAGCUCGACCUCGGCUUCCGGAAAGUGAAGCUCGCCGACUACCUCAACCACCAGCCGGCACAGGCAAGGGCCAACAACAAGUUCGGUUCUAGAUGA